UCACAAUUUGAGAUUUACGAGGCAGUCGUGAACUGAAGCUAGUCGUACUAGCGCUCUAUAAGAUUGAGUCUCUGUCUUCUCUCGCUCGGUUUUUGCUAGGCGGAAUCUAGUAAGGUAUUCCCAUCGAAUCUCCAUCUCCAACCACUCAGCAUGGACAGGCAACCAAGACCUGCAAAGGUCAAGAACAAGAAUCCCGCCCCUGUGCAAAUCACAGCGGAGCAGAUUCUACGUGAGUCCAAGGAGCGUCAAGAAGCCGGUGCUACCGUUCCCAAACAGAAGAUUGCGGAUGGAGAGGAACUCGAUGAAUAUCGGCUGCGAAAGCGAAAAGAGUUUGAGGAUAAAGUUAGGCGCAAUAAACAUGGCAUGGCAGCCUGGCUGAAAUAUGCUGCUUGGGAAGAGUCCGUAAAGGAAAUGGAUAGGGCUCGGUCUAUAUACGAGCGGGCACUCGAUGUAGACCAUCGAAAUCAGGUGCUUUGGUUACGAUAUGCUGAGAUGGAAAUGAAGCACAAGAAUGUAAAUCGAGCACGGAAUAUUUUUGAUCGAGCUGUGUCAGUCCUCCCUCGUGUGGAUACGUUUUGGUACAAAUAUGUCUACAUGGAGGAGUUGUUGGGAAACGUGGCCGGUGCUCGACAAGUAUUUGAACGAUGGAUGAAAUGGGAACCGGCAGAGGAAGCGUGGAUGGCUUAUGUUAAAAUGGAAAAGCGAUAUCGGGAACUUGACCGGGCAAGAGACAUCUUCAGACGAUUUGUUGGAAUACAUCCUCAGCCGAAAAACUGGAUCAAAUGGGCCAAAUUCGAGGAAUCGAUAGGGAAACAAGACAGUGCCCGCGAGAUAUACGAAAAGUGUCUUGAAAUGCUUGGCGAAGAAUUUAUUGACCAAAACGUUUACGUCUCGUUUGCCAAAUUCGAGACGAGACAGAAAGAAAUUGAGCGAGCCCGUGUAAUUUACAAGUACGCUCUAGAUAAGCUUCCUAAAGGCCAAACAGAAAACCUCUACAACAUGUAUACCCAAUUUGAAAAGCAACACGGUGGGAAGGAGGGUAUUGAAGAUGUCAUCAUAGGAAAGCGGCGGGUCAAAUAUGAAGAGGAACUAGCCGCAAAUCCGAAAAACUAUGACAUCUGGUUCGACUAUGUACGGCUGGAAGAGUCUGCAGGUGAUCAAGCCAAAGUGCGAAAUGUGUACGAGCGAGCGAUCGCUCAAGUUCCGCCAAUUGCCGAGAAGAGAUUCUGGCGGCGUUACAUAUAUUUGUGGAUCUUUUACGCCGUAUGGGAGGAAAUGGUGGCGAAGGAUUACGACCGCACGAAGGAUGUGUAUCAGCAAUGUAUAAAAAUAGUUCCGCACAAAAAUUUCACCUUUGCCAAAGUGUGGCUACAGUAUGCACACUUCCUCAUUCGACGCCUUGACCUUACCGCAGCACGACGGACCCUUGGUACUGCUAUCGGCCUUUGUCCGAAGGAGAAGCUCUUCAAAGGCUACAUCGAACUUGAAAUUCAGCUUAGAGAAUUCGACCGCGUGAGAAGUCUUUACGAAAAGUAUCUCCAAUGGAACGCCAGUAACUGCUAUGCCUGGAUCAAGUACGCAGAGUUGGAAAAAAUGCUCGGUGAUGUAGAGAGGAGCAGAGGAAUCUUUGAAAUCGCCGUUGAGCAACCAUUACUCGAUAUGCCAGAGGUGUUGUGGAAAGGAUAUAUUGACUUUGAGGUUGAAGAAGCGGAGUGGAAAAAGGGAAGAGCUCUUUACGAACGACUGCUACAGAGGACUGAGCAUGUAAAGGUCUGGGUGAGCUUUGCCAACUUUGAAUACACGGCUCUGGACAAUGGUGAAGAUGGUGCGCGGGUCGACGCUGCAAGAAAGAUCUUCAAUCGGGCGUACACAACGCUUCAAAAGCGGGGAGAAGGAGGCAAGGAGGAACGAGUGGUUCUCCUUGAAGCAUGGCGGGACUUUGAACGUACUCAUGGGGAUGCAGAGGGUCUUGCGAAGGUCCAGGAUAAAAUGCCGCGGGCGGUCAAGAAGCGCCGAAAGGUUGUGGACGAAGUUACAGGGGAGGAGAGCGGCUGGGAGGAGUACUACGAUUACAUCUUCCCUGAUGACGAAACUGAACGACCAAACUUCAAGCUAUUGGCUGUUGCACAUCAAUGGAAACAGCGGAUGGCACAAAUGCAAAAACGAAAUGGAGACGAAGAAAGCGAGGAGGAGAGCGAGGAGGAAGAGGAAGACGACGAUGGUGACGACAACGAAGAUGAUCAAGAAGAAAAUGGUCGGGCAGCAAAGCGUGGGCGAUGGGAAGGUGACGACGACGAUGUUUCGAAACAAGAUACGAAUGAAAUGGAUGGCAUCGAAAGUGAGAGACGUAGCCCAGACAGUGGGCGGUGAGCGUGCGCCGAUUUUAGUGAUUCUACUGGAUGUGCUGAAAGGAUGAUCAGAAUAUAAUAUUGGGUCUGGGUUGUGACGCUCAUUGAUGGUCGUAUCCUCUGACCGUUUGGAUGUCAAACAAUGGCCUCACUUUCGCUUUGGUAAUGGCCGCAGUCCACCUUCAUC